AUGAAGAUGAUGGCAGGCGCUUCGGUGCACCAGAACGGCCUCUUCCCUUCUGCGCCGCCGCCGCCGCAGCCGCCGCCGCCGCCUCCACAGCCGCCGCAGCACCAGCAGCAUCAGCAACAGCAGCAGCAUCAGCAAGGGGGGUCCGCGUCGCAGCCGGCCGCGCAAGCCCCUCCGCAGCCCCACAUGGAUUCGGAUCCUCCGGACUCCCGGAAAAGACCGCUCGAGACCCCCACGGAAGCCAUCAGCACCAAGAGGAGCAACACAGGAGAGGAUGGUGAAUACUUCCUCAAGGUCCUGAUUCCCAGCUAUGCUGCCGGAUCCAUCAUCGGGAAAGGAGGCCAGACCAUUGUCCAGCUGCAGAAGGAAACAGGGGCCACCAUCAAGUUGUCCAAAUCCAAGGACUUCUAUCCAGGCACCACGGAGCGCGUGUGCCUUGUCCAAGGCACGGCAGAAGCCCUCAACGCUGUUCAUAACUUCAUUGCUGAGAAGGUCCGAGAGAUCCCACAGUCGGUGGUAAAGCCAGAGUCGGUCAACAUCUUACAGCCCCAGACAACCAUGAAUCCAGACCGAGCCAAACAGGCUAAGGUGAUCGUUCCCAACAGCACAGCCGGACUGAUCAUCGGCAAAGGGGGUGCCACAGUCAAGGCCAUCAUGGAGCAAUCCGGAGCCUGGGUGCAGCUGAGCCAGAAGCCAGAGGGCAUCAACCUCCAGGAGCGUGUGGUGACGAUCAGCGGUGAGCCCGAGCAGAUCCACAAAGCGGUUGACAUCAUCGUCCAGAAGAUCCAGGAGGACCCGCAGAGCAGUAGCUGCCUCAACAUAAGCUACGCCAACAUUACCGGCCCAGUGGCCAACUCCAACCCAACCGGAUCGCCCUACGCCAACUCCACGGACGUUCUUCCGGCCGCGGCGGCGGCCGCCACAGCGUCGGGCUUGCUGGGCCACACCAGCCUUGCAGGAGUGGGAGCCUUUCCAGCCGCCCUGCCCGGUUUCUCCGGCAGUGACCUUCUGGCCAUCAGCACCGCUCUCAACACCUUGGCAAGCUAUGGAUACAACACCAGCUCUUUGGGGCUCGGCCUGAACUCAGCCGCGGCCUCGGGAGUGCUGGCCGCCGUGGCUGCUGGAGCAACCCCGGCCGCGGCGGCCGCCGCCAACCUGUUAGCUUCCUACGCCAACGAAGCUUCUGCUAGUACCCCCACCCCAGCCGGCGCAGUCGGCGCCUUCACCCUGGGCUCCCUGGCGGCCGCCACUGGGGCAGCCAAUGGCUAUUUGGGGACAGCCUCUCCGUUGGUGGCUAGCUCCUUCUUAGCUACAGAGAAGCUCGUGGAAAGCGCCAAAGAUAUGGUAGAGAUUGCCGUGCCGGAGAACCUGGUGGGCGCUAUUUUGGGGAAAGGCGGCAAGACGUUGGUCGAGUACCAAGAGCUGACAGGUGCCCGCAUCCAGAUUUCCAAAAAGGGGGAGUUUAUCCCGGGUACUAGGAACCGUAAAGUCACCAUCACAGGCACACCGGCUGCUACACAAGCGGCGCAGUAUCUGAUCAGCCAGAGAGUAACGUAUGAGCAAGGCGUCCGGGCCACCAACCCGCAGAAAGUGGGAUAAGAGAAGGCUGGCGAGAAGAGGCUGGGGGAAGGCGUAGAAUUAGGAUCAAUCCUUCAAUCAUUAAAAUUGUAAUCUAUCCAACACCAGCCCCCGUCCAAUGUCCCUCUCACACACUCGCACCCCCUUCUGUCUGCAAAAAGCGAGCAGCGUUUGUUCUACGGGAACUUUAUUUCGCCAGUGGUGCGACCUGUUUAUGUAUAUAUAUAUAUGGCAACAUUUUCUUUUCUUUUUGAGUUGAUGGAUUUUAAUAGAAAAAAAAACAUUUUUUAAGAAAAAAAAACAAGUCCUCUUUCUUUCCCUCUUUCUUUCCAGUUUUCUUAAGCAACAAUCUUGAUGGGGGGGAAAGCCUGUCUCGUAAUGUUUCCUUCCCCAUCCCCCAGCUGUAGAUCAGUUUCAGAAUCUCUUGACGGGUUUUGCAUAUCUCUCUUCAUGCCCACCUAGAGGGUUACCUUCUGUAGACGCUGAGACUGGGUUUCAAAAUACUUGUGGGAGGGAAGCAGAUCUGGGUUCGGGUCAUGAGGGACUGAUAGGACAUGAAGUGACAUCCUGCCCCAUGGCCCUGAACUCCAGAAUAGGUAGCACUCUGUGUUUUAUCUUGUAUGCUAACCUUUUGUCAUGAAACAUGGAAUUUCUACCUGCGGGGAGACUAGUGUGUUCUAAGGUGAGGUUGAGGGAUUGAUUUUCUAUCUGCGGGGAGACUAGUGUGUUCUAAGGUGAGGUUGAAGGAUUGAUUUUCUACCUGCGGGGAGACUAGUGUGUUCUAAGCUGAAGCUGAGGGAUUGAUUGCGUUAGACUCUGGAGUGGGGAAAUGGGUUGUGGCAGGUUUUAUAUCAGAAUUCUUCUGGGUAAAUUUCCAUUUGGGAGUGAGAAAAGAGAGAGAGAGAGUGAGUGUGUGAGAGAGAGUAUCUCAGCCCUAUUAAUCAGAACUUAAAAAAUAAAGUAUUUGGAUGGAAAGUUUGUAGAUGAGGAAUUUCCUGAGAUACAGAAGAAGCUGCUUUUGAGAAAAGUCAGGGAGAACUGGACUUGACUGGAAAGACUGGGUCCUGAUAUGAUGGGAAACAGGACCCCUGAGACCUCCAGGUUGCUUGUCUUGUGACUAUUUGAGCAACACCCUUUCAGAGAGUUGUGUGAAAUGAAUAACAAGCCUUCUGUGAUGUGUGGAGAGCUAGAGAACAAGGGAUAAGGGCUACUCUGCGUUCAGAAGAUCAAGCGCUCCUACCCCUGAGAGGCGGUACAAGGGGCCACUUCCUAGGGUGCAAUGAGGUGGUGGGUCUCCGUCCCGCGCUGUGUCGGGCCAUGCCCUCCUGCAUGCAUCCCCUCGUGCGGAAAGGUUCCUUUGCAUCGGCUGCCAUGUUAGGCGGGGUUUGGAUGGCAGGAAGAAAGCUUUCCUUUUGUUUUGAAUAGCUGCCCUCCAAAGAGGUGGCCUGCUUCCUUUAAAAAAGAAGAACGGCGCCCGGAUGAGAACAAAACCCACCCCAGCAUCACCUACCGCAAAGUAUCCUUGUGGUAAAAAUCCAUACAGCAAAACUGGAAAGGAAAGGCCUGCCCCUAAAACUUCUGCCCCUGUUGUCCAGCCUCGGCAUGGGGUUGAAAGAUCUCGAAAGAUGUCCCAGGUUUCAGCUCCUCUUCCUCACUAGGCCUCCCUCCACCUCCAUCCCAGACGCCACAGGGCAUCCAGAAGCGGCGCGACUCCCACAAUCAGUAUUAGUCCUUGGAGUCCAGUCAAACAUUGGCACCAAGGGGCUGCCAGGCUCCUCUCCAGAUCCCUGCCCCAAUGCUGCUACCCCUUCGCCCCCUCCCCUCCACCUCUCCUGACCCCUGUGUAAGCAAGCAGUAUUAUGAACUCACUCGGGCCAGCAGACCUUCACCCCCCAACGCUGACACGGCAGGGAUCACCUGCUCGUUUCUUACCGUCAGCUCCCUCCGAGGACGUAAACGUUUACCCCAAGGGGUCCUACGUCCCGCACCGUUGGAUCAGGGCUUCCAGUUUUCAAUGAAGAGUGCUUGCCAUUUGGGGUGGGGACAAAGGGCAGGCAAUUGAGAUUUGUGGGGGGGUAUCGUGUGACACCCCCCUCCUCCCCAUUCAGUUCAAGAGUUAAAGCACAGGACGUCCUGUCGCUCUGUCUUUCCUUCUCUCUAUAUAUACACUAACGUAUCAGUGAUCAAUAGAUUUUACCCACCCUGAAAAGGGUUAAAAAUAAAUACGCAUAUGAACCAGGGUAUCUCCCUGCAAUGUUUACAUUUAGGGUCUGCAACCGUCCUUUAAAUAAUGGGAAGGGUUUAGCCCUCUUUGCUGCUGAAGGUGCCAGCCCUGGAAUAACAGCACCCCCUCUUCUCCCCAGCUUUGCUGCUCUCAUGGAAAGCUCAGAGUCCACCAGGAUUUGCCAAGAGGAGGCUGAGCGGAUGUACAGCAUCACACUGCGACAUCAAGCAGUGAGUUGCAUCAGCCUUUUUCUUCGCCUUUAACCCAAAGGCAGCUUGAAAGCUAGGCUGAGUUGGAGACCCUCACCUAGCUGGCUUGUAGGCUAUUUCCUCUUUCAGAGCGGGUUGCUUCCUGUGUAGGGCCUAAAGCACGAAGCGGGGGUGUCUCACAGCAUAUCUUAGGAGGAUGUCGCGUACAGCUUCCUGCGGCAUGAAACGCGGCUUCCUUUCUGGGCGCGCAUGUGUUCCCAUGGGUGGCUCUGUCGCAGCCAUGACGGCCUCCGCCAGCUAGCCUGGCAUUACUUCGGAACACCUUGAUGCACCCAGGUGGGCGUAGAUUGGCUUGUUCGUAGCAGGGUUGGAGGAAAAGGUGUCUCCGUGAGGAGGAGCAAGCUUGAAGGAUCCACCCUACAUUUGUAAUGGCUGAGGUCUUUCAGAUGGGUUAGGAGCCGAGCGGAGCAUUUGGGGGUGGUCUCGUCAGAGACCGGAUGGGAGGAAAAACUGGAGACGUCAGCAAAGGAAGUUUCCGAGCUGUUCCAUCUUUCUUGACGGCUUCUCGGUGCACUGGACCUCCCACUCAUAAGGCUUCCCCUUGAGCAGCAUAGACCUUCAACUCUCCUACUUUCAUAUCCCAGCUUCAAGGUGUGGACUUGUGCAAUAUUUUAAUUACCCCUAGAGGGUGACACUUCUUUCCUGGCUUUUUCUAAUGCAUGGGAAGGUGAAGAGGAGUAUGCACACAGGGUGGGUGGGGGUGUGGGAAGUAUUAUGUGCACUCCUCUAACCUUCUCCACGCUCCUAACUUAGCUUGAUCAACUGUAGGCUCUUAGCCAGUUCUUACACCAACUCUUUGGCUGGGUAUGGAUAGGAUCUGGUAUGUAUGAUAAUGGGUUGGGGGGGGGCAUGGGAUCCUUAGGUAGUCGUGUGUAUCUCUGAAUUCCAUUUUCCUUCUUAGACUGAAGGGAGAGUCUUCAGACUCUAAAACCACUAGGGGGCAAAACUCAAAAAUGUGAAACCUGGUAUAUACUACUAGGGAAAAAAACAAAAUUAAAGGAAGCAAUAUCUAUAUAGCAUCUUGCACUGAUUUUAUGGUGUGCAGAAAGCUGCUGCAGCCGGCGUUUUAUUUAUGGAACAAAUUGUGGGGAGUAGCACCCCCAGUGUGAUUAGAGACCUCUGCUUUUAAGCUGGCCGAGAUUCGAGGCAAACAAAAUAUUGCUGCUGUUUCAGAUGUAUGUUGCAUAUCAAGCUUUUGGUUGGGUUAGUGGGAGAGUAAAGGGGAAAAAUGUGCCAAACUCCUAACUUGCGUCUUUUUUAAAUCCUGGGGGGGGGGGGGCAUAUAUUUUUAAAAAGGGACAUUCCACACCCAGGCCUACCCUUUUCCCCCAAAUGCUGCAGACAUUUGGACAGUAUAUUCCAAGAUUGUGGAUCCUGGUCUGUCUGCUUGCUUCUCUCCCUAUUCUUUUUUUACUUUGGGAGCUCACGAACAGAUCUGUUUGCACUUAAGUACAAAAUCCUGUGCUAAGGAAGCCCAUAUUCUCUGUCAAGGAAAACACGGACUCUCGCCACCUGGGGAAUUACACUCAGAGCCCAGAAAGGUUCCUUUUGGGGGAACUGUAAUUCCCAGACUCUGCCAGGCAGGAAGGUCACAGGAGCGGUUGAAUUCUGGGAGUUUCUAAUCCAGAAGAGUCAGCUUUCAAAGCUCUGAUGAUAGGAAGAGCUCUGCAAUUUUAUUUAUUUAUUUAUUUUUACAGUCUCUGUACAAUGCUCUCUAGGGAGAGUGGGUGCUUUAUCAAUCAUAUACUCCCAAUUGUAUCAUUUCCAUCCCUAAGGAUUAGAACAUUUGCUCCCACCUCCUUUUCAAUGGAAAAGGAGCUGAAUUUUGGGAAUCGGGAGCUGAAUUUUGCAUCCAAGAGCAACCCGCACCAUCCUGG